AUGAGCGCUACAGACCAAACUACUGGCGCAUCCGGUGGAGGUGACGAGAACAGGGAAGGUGGUCGAAAGAGGAGAAAGGGACCCCAUGGCAACCGAGUGCCGUCGACUGGCCAACAAGACGAUUCCGCCGAGGAGAAGUGCGACAACUGCAACAAUGCUGGACCGACCCGCCGAGCCUUCGAUGGGCCCAACGGCACCAAGAUAUGUACGACUUGCAAUAGCCACAACCAGGCCUCCAGCGCCUCCGGGCCAAAUGCUCUGCCACGAUGCGACGACUGCGGGAGGCAUGGCAAGACUGCUCGAAGCUACAAAGGACCAGAUGACAAGAGAGUAUGUCAGACAUGCUUCAGGAAGAAUAUGAAAGCCGCCGUACCCAACACCGUACCCAACGCCGUCGCAGAUACAUCGCUGCCCACAUGCGAUAACUGCGGGAAGCAUGGCAAGACCGCUCGAGAUUACAAAGGACCAGAGGGCAAGAGAGUAUGUAACAGCUGCUUCAGAAAUCCCGGGCCCAAAGCCGUCGUAGAUACAUCGCUUCCAAGAUGCGACGGCUGCGGUAAACAUACCAAGCAAGGUCGAGCUUACAUUGGACCGAACCCAGGCGAGAGGAUAUGCCGGUCAUGCCAGAUCAAGAUACCCAUUGUCGCAGAUACAUCGCUUCCAAGAUGCGAUAACUCAGUUCCUGAUCCAUACGCAACACUUAUGCUGGAGAAAGAGAAGGAAGUGGAUGAGACCGUCACCACUCAGCUCUACAUAGAGUGGCUGCUCCAGAAUGACGCAGAAGAAGGCCGCGCCACUUGGGAAGAGAUAGACGAGGCUGCAAUGAAGGAGAUCCAACGCCUUCUGGCCGCCGACAUCACGAUCCUGUUUGGCACAUCAUCUCCGCUGUACCAAGCAUUCCUGGCGUCGCUGAAGACGGCUCAGCCUGCAUCGACGUUUCCCACGACCGUUGAUCACAUGGCUACCACUCUGAAUGGAGGCAUCCACGGCGAUCCAGCUGUGCUCUCUGCGUUGGAUCAGACCAUAUGGAAUGGACGCUUCCCUACGUUCACUCCGUCUGACGGCUUACUAUGCGGACCAAACGCACUGGCGCUUACCUUGAACUCUCUUCGACUGCGUGGGGUACAGAACGACCCUACUACUUGGGGCGAUACUCGGCCUUUUACGCCAGACGACAUUAUGCGGACUCUUUUCCAGAACUACAACUCCCACGACACUGCUGACUAUGGCACACCGACUGCAGAGUACAAUGCUUACCUGGAUGAGGCGUUUUCCUUUUGGCAGCAGCGCAACGAGCUACUUACCCUCCGCGACCUAGAUGCUCUGCAGCUGCGUGCGGCUCUAACUCUGCUUUAUCGCAGUGGCGCAUUGCCAGUGCAUUUUCAACUUGGUGUCGUAGCGAGCGCCUACCUCCGAACGACUGAAGCGGGCGAUAUAGUACCACAGUCUGCGAGGGCUGAAGUAGUGGGAGACUGGAACGGCACAGAUGCUGUCGCCUGGGUGCACAAUAAUAUCGCAUUCGGUCAUGGCGAGUACAGCCAUUGGGAGGGCUUCAAUGAGGAUGGGCGCUCCAAUACGGUCGCUGGCUGGGGUUUCCACACUAGAGACUCUGGUGAAUACUCUCGUCAGAUAUGCACAAACGCCAGCUACGACCACCAAACACUAGAGCAGCGGAAGCAGAGAGAGGAAUACAACCAAUACCAUCGGGAGAAGCGACAAAAGAAGAAGCGCCAAUUCAUGUGUCUCCCUUUCCGAAGCAAGAACAGCAUGCGCUGUGAUGGUGCGCCCGGUGCGUCUUGCAAGCAGUGUGGGGAUGAUGGCGACUGCACGUGGCAGCCAACUGGCAAGGAGCCAAUUCUUGCAAAGACAUUGGCACAGUGGACUACGGACGACAUUGCCGAAGUGGAGUUGGCUAAGCUAUGCAAGGCUGACGAUAUUCCUGAUGAAGACUACAUCCUAGGAACUUUCACUGCUCGCGAAUCUGGAGGAGGCAACGCCAAUGAUAUCAACACCCUCUCCAACGUGCUGGCGCAGAAUCAACACUACUACGACAUCCUACUCGGUCAUCCGCACUAUGUCAACGAUGCCGCAGGCCAACGCCCAGGCGGCCCAGGGACGCCGCUUGUGGGCAUGCGACUUCCUCUAAUUCGUCAUGGUGGCAAGAUGGUUCCGGCUCGGCUUGGAAAUCUUCAGGAUCCACCACUCGAGAUUCACUUCAUCACCUCUGGUCUUGCUGGAUUCGCUGUUGAUGUCGAACGUUGGCCAGAGUUCUACAACUUUGUUGUAGAGCGAGACCAAAUCUACGGUACAAACAUUGCUGAGACAAUCUAUGUGGUGCCCGUAGUGGAGGCUACUGUCAUCGACGGUGUUGGCAACCACUCCCUGGACUUUCCUGCAUUCUCACCUGGCUGGACUUUCUAUCGCAACAAGUAUGUGCAAAAGCACAACCUGGGUGACGUUCUGCGGCGCAACGCACUUGUCCGAGGCAUCGCCACAGUCACUCAGGUCUUCAAUGUGAACUUGGCUGUUCCUCACCCACCAGGGUCGGCUGUUACCGACAACUACAUCAAGGGCAUGAAGCACUCUGCUGAUUGGCGCGGGAAUGCGUAUGACGAGACCACGACGCCGCGAGCCUCGCAUGUGGCUGCUCGGAAUGUGAGGCGAAAUGUGGCAUUUCACUAG